AAAAAGGCAUGGAGAUAUGGGUGGUGGCGAUAUGGGUGGCAGCUGCCUUAGGGUGUUUGAAAUGGGUGCUUAAGAGAGCCAACGGGUGGUUGUACGAAUCACAUCUGGGGGAAAUGCGCCGCUCUCUUCCGCCGGGUGAUUUGGGCUGGCCUUUCAUCGGCAAUAUGUGGUCCUUUCUUCGAGCUUUCAAGUCCGGUGAUCCUGAAUUUUUCAUGCGCAACAUCGCCACUAGAUACGGAGAUGGUGGAGUAUACAAGGCAUUCAUGUUUGCAAAACCAAGUGUGUUGGUGACAAGCGCAGAAGCAUGCAAAAGAGUUUUAACAGAUGACAAAGCAUUUAAGCCUGGUUGGCCAAGCUCUGCCGUGGAGCUCAUCGGCAAAAAAUCAUUCGUCACCAUGUCUUACGAAGACCAUAAGCGUCUCCGCCGCCUCACCGCAGCUCCUGUAAACGGGCACGAGGCUCUCUCCUUAUAUUUGCACUACAUUGAGGAUAACUUCAAAUCUGCAUUGGAACAAUGGUGCACCAUGGGCGAGUUCGAGUUUCUAACUCAUCUCAGAAAGAUCACUUUCAGGAUCAUCAUGUAUAUCUUCCUUAGCUCCGAGAGCCAUUCCGUCGUGGAGGCUUUAGAGACGGAAUACACCGCGCUUAACCAUGGGAUGAGAGCCAUGGCUAUUAAUCUUCCUGGAUUUGCAUACCAUAAAGCACUCAAGGCCCGAAAAAACCUUGUGUGUGUGCUACAAAUAGUAGUAAAUGCACGGAGAGAAGAGAAAAAAGAAAAAAGGCGGUCGAAAGACGACGACAUGUUGGACCGUUUGUUGGAUGUUGAGGAUGAAAAUAGUAGAAAAAUGAGCAAUGAAGAAAUAAUUGAUUUACUUUUAAUGUAUUUGAAUGCAGGUCAUGAAUCUUUCGCCCAUGUCACUAUGUGGGCUACUGUUUUUCUUCAAGAGCAUCCUCAAUGUUUUCGAAAGGCGAAGCAAGAGCAACUAGAGAUUGUAAAAAGGAGGCCAUCGACGCAAACAGGAUUAAGCCUAAAAGAAGUUCGAGAGAUGGAUUAUCUUUCUAAGGUGAUUGAUGAGACACUCCGUUUGAUCAACAUCUCCCUUACGGUGUUCCGAGAAGCAAAAUCCGAUGUCAAUAUAAACGGAUAUGUGAUUCCCAGAGGCUGGAGAAUUCUGGUGUGGUUCAGAAGUCUUCACUUUGAUCCUAAAAUCUUUCCAAAUCCAAAGGAAUUCAACCCUUCAAGAUGGGAUAAUCAUACAGCAAAAGCAGGGACUUUCCUUCCCUUUGGAGCAGGAAGUAGGCUGUGCCCUGGAAAUGAUCUGGUCAAACUUGAAAUUUCCAUAUUUCUACAUCAUUUUCUCCUUAAUUAUCAGCUUGAACGUCUAAAUCCUCAAAGUUCAAUCAUGUACCUGCCUCAUUCAAGACCAAAAGACAACUGCUUGGCAAGAAUCAAAAAAAUUCAGAAUCAUGUUUAAUACUAUUCUUGCUCCUUCACAAACAUUAAUAAAUGAUAUUAUUAUAUAGUAUUAUUCUGUGUAUGUCUCUCAUCUUAACAAACAUUAACACGAUAUAUGCAUUUCUGCUGCUGCCUCCAGAUGAGCUAAUUACAGCUCCUUUACAGCUGGUUACAGCUCAUGUAGAAGUUCAUAAAAUGUAUAAAUAGAGCUCCAUAUUUUAGCUUUAAAUUUUAAUUUGUAAAUUUUACAAUCUAUUAAUAUAGUUGAUUUGUUCUCUGA